UCUUCUCUCUAGCAACAAUUAUAAUUUCUUCAUCUUCAUUGCCUUUCUUUUUCUAAAUGGCAAUAUCAUCCCAUAAUAAUUUUGUGUUUGAAGUACGUCGAUGCCAACCUGAAUUUGUUGCUCCAGCAAAACCUACACCCUAUGAAUUUAAGCAACUUUCAGACAUUGAUGACCAAGAAUGUUUCAGAUUUCAUGUUCCAUUAUUAUUUUUCUAUGCUAAUAAUCCAAGAAUGGAAGGAAGUGAUCCGGUGAAAGUGAUAAAGAAGGCAAUUUCAGAAACAUUGGUAUUUUAUUAUCCUUUUGCUGGAAGAUUAAGGGAAGGCCCUGGAAAAAAGUUGUUUGUUGAAUGUACUGCUGAAGGUAUUUUAUUUAUUGAAGCUGAUGCAAAUGUAGAUUUACAACAAUUUGGUGAUGCUGUUCAACCUCCUUUUGCAUUUCUGGAUGAUGUUUUGUACAAUGUUCCCAACUCCGAUGGGAUUAUUAAUUCUCCAUUGUUGCUUGUUCAGGUGACGCGACUCAGGUGUGGUGGUUUCAUCUUUGCCAUUCGUUUAAAUCACACGAUGACCGAUGGUUUUGGUUUAAUGCAAUUCAUGAACGCAGUAUGUGAGAUGGCUUGUGGUGAUACUGCACCAUCUGUGCUUCCAGUUUGGCAAAGAACUCUCUUAAAUGCAAGAGACCCUCCAAGAGUCACCCAUCGCCACCAUGAAUACGACCAAGUUGUUGACACAAAACAAAUCAACAUUCCUCUCAACGAGAUGGCUCAUCGCUCCGUUUUCUUUGGUCCUACAGAGAUCUCUACCCUUCGCAAAACCUUACCUAUCCACCUUCGCCAUUGCUCUUCCUUCGACCUCAUCACAGCUUGCCUUUGGCGCAUCCGUACCAUAGCCCUUCAACCAAACCCAAACGAUGAAAUGCGCUUACUUUGCGUCGCGAAUUUACGCUCCAAAUCAAAGUAUUUACCCUCAGGAUAUUAUGGCAACUCGUUUGCUUUACCAGCAGCAGUCGCUACUGCAGGCAACCUUUGCCAAAACCCAUUAAGUUAUGCAGUAGAAUUGAUUAGGAAAGCUAAAGCAAAGAUGACAGAGGAGUACAUGAAGUCUGUGGCGGAUUUUAUGGUAAUCAAUGGAAGACCUAAUUUAACUGCUGUGAGAUCGUAUGCUGUGUCAGACGUGACAAAAACCGAUUUUGAGAAGUUAGAUUUUGGAUGGGGAAAACCAAUUUUUGGAGGCCCUGCUAUGGGAGGGGUUGCAACUGUCCCUGGUUUGACAAGCUUUUAUAUAAGUUAUAAAAACAAAAAAGGGGAACAAGGAAUAGUGGUGCCUUUCUCAUUGCCUGUUCAAGCCAUGGAAAGAUUUGUGGUAGAACUUGAUGCUGUGUUCAAAACAAAACCAUUGAAUGAAGUGGGAAACACUAAAAAAGGGUUCAUUCGAGCUGCUUUAUGAUGGAAAAAACAAUUAGGUUUUGGGAAACAAACAUGAGAAUUAUAUUGUAACAAAAAAAAACUAUUGCUCUAUGUAAAACAAGGAAAGUAUGAGGGGAAUUUGUAGGGUUUUGUGAUGUGAUUUGAAAAAUGUUAUUUCCCUUUGAUGUUUGAUAAUAUAAGUUAUUGAAUGCUUGAUUGUUUUACUAA